AUGUCGGAUCAGAAUGUCAAUCAUGCUCUUCUCGGAUUUGGAACCAAUGGAGUUCCACUAAUUGGACCCACCUUGCCAGCUUAUCCAGUCGGCGUGGAUCCGCUUCCCCAGUUCUUUACCAACAUGGGAAGCCGCGGUAAAGAAAAGGAACAACAAACUGAAGCUCGAAUUGUUGAGCUUGAGCAGCAAAACAAAGAGCUGGCAGAGCAGAUCGCUAAAAACAACAACGAUGCAAACUUCCAAAUGGGCCGAGCACAGAGAAGAAUUGGAGAGUUGGAGCAGGAGAAGAUAGAGAGUGCGAAACUCGUCCAGGCGAAACUCGUCCAGAGAUUGGGAGAGGAGAAGGACAGCCAGAAACUGGUCAUCGAAAAAUUGGAGAGCGAGAAGGCGGAGGUUUCUAAGCGAGUGGAUGCUCAAAUUCUGAAAAAUCAAGAAUUGGAAGCAAAAAAUUCAAAAUUGCAGCAAGCAGACAAUGAAAAGCAAAUGAAGUUCAACGAGCAGAGCGAAAAGAUGCAGAAGAUCGAAACCGAGCUUCAAAAUCAAAUGAAGCUAUAUGCCGAUCAGAAAGCAUUAAUUGAAGCUCGUGACGCAAAAAUCGGAGAACUGAAAUCCCAGUUCGCCGAGAAGAGCAAGAAAAUGGAAAACGAGCUCCAAAAUGCACAACGCCAGCUUACUUCCAGACAGGAGGCACUGGAUAGAAGCGAGAAUAAUGCAAUGCAUUUGAACGCUGACAUCGACCGACUGAAAAGAAAACCAUCGAGCCAAAAUCAGAAAAUUCGAAAACAAAAUUUUGGUGCUCCGUCAACAAUUAACGGAUCAGAGUAA